GUCGGGAGCGCGGAGGGGUGUUGGAGGCGCGGAGGUCUUAAUGAAAUAGCGAUCAAAGAAACAGUCGGGACUUCAACAUGGCUUUCCAUGUGGAGGGGCUGGUAGCCAUAGUUGUAUUCUACCUGGCUAUCCUAGCAGUUGGGAUAUGGGCUGCUUGGAAAACCAAGAACACCGGCAGCGAAGGAGAUCGCAGCGAAGCUAUUAUAGUUGGUGGAAGAGACAUUGGCUUGCUAGUUGGUGGAUUUACAAUGACCGCCACAUGGGUUGGAGGAGGUUACAUCAACGGGACAGCAGAAGCUGUGUAUGUCCCAGGCUACGGUCUAGCUUGGGCUCAGGCACCUAUCGGAUAUUCCCUUAGUCUGAUUUUAGGUGGUCUUUUUUUCGCAAAACCCAUGCGCUCCAAAGGCUAUGUGACAAUGCUAGACCCUUUUCAGCAGCUUUAUGGAAAAAGGAUGGGAGGGCUACUGUUUAUUCCGGCUUUAAUGGGAGAAAUGUUUUGGGCUGCUGCCAUCUUCUCUGCCUUAGGUGCCACUAUAAGUGUGAUCAUUGACAUUAAUGUCAAUAUUUCAGUCAUUAUUUCUGCCCUGAUUGCAACUAUGUACACACUUGUGGGUGGACUUUAUUCUGUGGCCUACACCGAUGUAGUUCAGCUCUUCUGCAUCUUCCUGGGACUGUGGAUCAGCGUACCCUUUGCAAUGUCCCAUCCUGCAGUGACAGACAUUGGGCUCACGGCUGUGCACCAGGUGCACCAAGCACCUUGGCUUGGAUCUAUCAACCCACUUGACAUUUACACAUGGCUGGACAAUUUCCUUUUACUGACAUUAGGAGGAAUCCCGUGGCAAGCAUAUUUCCAGAGAGUUCUUUCCUCAUCUUCUGCCACAUACGCUCAAGUUCUGUCAUUUCUGGCUGCUUUUGGCUGUCUUGUGAUGGCUCUUCCCGCAGUACUCAUUGGUGCAAUUGGAGCAUCUACAGCCUGGAAUGAGACUGAUUAUGGUGUCCCUGACCCCAUGACUAAAAAAGAAGCAGAUAUGAUUCUACCGAUCGUGCUCCAGUACCUUUGCCCCGUCUAUAUCUCAUUCUUUGGCCUUGGCGCUGUAUCUGCUGCUGUGAUGUCGUCAGCCGACUCUUCAAUUUUAUCAGCAAGUUCUAUGUUUGCUCGAAACAUUUACCAGCUUUCCUUUCGGCAAAAUGCUUCAGACAGGGAAAUCGUGUGGGUCAUGAGAAUCACCGUUUUUCUGUUUGGAGCGUCAGCAACAGCAAUGGCACUGCUGGCUUCAUCGGUGUACGGCCUGUGGUACCUCAGCUCUGACCUUGUUUAUAUCAUCAUAUUCCCCCAGCUCCUGUGUGUGUUAUUUAUUAAAGGAACCAACACCUACGGUGCCAUUGCAGGAUACUUAUUUGGCCUUGUUCUCAGAAUAACCGGAGGAGAACCGUACCUCUACCUUCAGCCCUUGAUCUACUAUCCUGGCUGCUAUCCGGAUGAAAAUAAUAUCUAUAUCCAGCGAUUCCCAUUUAAAACACUCGCAAUGCUUACCUCCUUCUUUACUAACAUUAUAGUCUCCUACUUAGCCAAAUACUUGUUUGAGAGUGGGACUUUGCCACCAAAGCUGGACUUCCUUGAUGCUGUUGUUGCCAGGUACAGUAGAGAACACAUGGACAAAGCAACUCUUGUAAAAAGUGACAAUAUUGUAUUGAACGAACUCGCGCCUGUGAAUCCACGACACAGUCUAACUUUGAGCUCAACUUUCACAAACAAGGAAGCCUUCAAUUAUGUUGAUUCGAGUCCAGAGCUGUCCAACACUGAAGAUGAUAAUUAAAAAAUCUGGUAGCCACAGGCAAAGCAAUGCGA